UCUUUUAAGAGACAUUAAAAAACACCCUGUGAUGUGCAGAGUCACCUUGGUGUUCUUGUUGGGACAGGAACACUCAGACAUAAUUAGCAGGUGGUCCCCACCACCGUUUUGCAUACACUCCUGUGUAUCAGCAGCUGCACAUCCCAAACAGUGACUGACUUGCUGGGACUCCUACCUGCCUGUCAACCAUGAAGAUGCUCUGGCUGAGUCUUCUGAGUCUUCUGAUGCCAGGCAAGACUCCUGUUACAGCCUUGCCUCUCCGAACCCCAGACUGGCCAAUGCAAUUAUCCUUUGCUGGACCAUCAGAAGCUGACCAGGAGUUUGCAGAGGAAUAUCUACAACAUUUCUAUGGCUACAAACCCAAGUCGGAGAGACAGAAGAGGACUGCAGACACAGAUGAAAAUGGCGAUUGGUCGACUGUCCUCUGUGACAUGGUCCGAAAGAUGCAGGGCUUCUUUGGUUUGCCUCCAAGUGGAGAACUGACCAAAGAGACUUUGGCAGUUAUGAAGAGGCCGCGUUGUGGUCUGUCAGAUGUGGAACCAUUUGCAGGCACAAUUCGCUGGAAGAAGAGAACCCUAAGCUACAGGACUGUAGACCGCAACCUCCCCAUCACACCCUCCAAAGUUCACAAAGUCUUCAGAGCUGCAUGGAAGCUCUGGUCCAGUGUUACACAGUUGAAAAUUCGCAAGCGGAGCAGGAAAGAGGCUGACAUCGUCAUCUCCUUCCACAGGAGUGACCAUAAGGAUGGCUCACCAUUUGAUGGCAAAGAAGGAAUCCUGGCUCAUGCCUUUUUACCUGGCUAUGGUAUUGGUGGAGACGUGCACUUUGAUGCUGAUGAAGACUGGAGCUUAAAUUCUACUGGUUUCAACCUGUUUGCUGUAGCAAUCCAUGAAUUUGGUCAUGCUCUUGGCCUACACCACUCAUCCGACCCUGGAGCUAUCAUGUUCCCAGCAUACAACUUUGCCCCCAAUUAUGAGCCUCAGCUCUCCUUCCGCGAUGUCAAAGAUAUCCAGCACCUGUAUGGUGUCAGUCCAAAUUUUGCUUCGCUUUUCUCAAAAAAGCCUCCUCCAAGAACACCUGACAAAUGUGAUCCAGAGUUGUCCUUUGAUGCUGUAACAGAAUUACAACAGGAAGUCCUGUUUUUCAAAGAUAGAUUUAUGUGGCGCAAACAUCCUCUGUUCGAUGAAGCAGGACUCACCCUGAUUAGCAGUCUGUGGCCAGACAGUGUACCUUCCUACCUGGACGCUGUCUACGAGAAUGUGGAGAGGAACGUCAUUGUAUUUUUCAAAGGUCAUCAAUACUGGAUGCUGAAACAGUUAACACUUGAGAAGGGUUUUCCAAGAAACAUCUCUGACUUGGGCUUCCCCUCCAGAAUUACAUCUGUAGAUGCUGCUCUUCACUUCAGAAACGACCACUAUACCGUGUUCUUCACAGGCCAUGAGUGUUGGAGGUACAAUGAGGAGCAAAAGAUGAUGGAGGGAUCACCAACACUAAUAGAGCAGCAGUGGCCAGGGAUUCCAGCUCCAAUAGAUGCAGCUGUCUUCUAUGAUGGUUUUGUGCAUUUCUUUAAGGGAAACAUCCACUACAAACUUGACUCCAGCUCCAAACGCAUCAUCUCCAUCAGCCCGGCUAAUGACCUGCUGGAAUGCAAAAUGAAAAAUGACAAUGAAAUUCUGACGGAGAGGAGAUAAUUGAAGGAAUGCAAUCAGUGUAGUUCGAAGAUACUGCUGUGAAUCUGCUGUGCAUGUAUACAAUAACUGUCACAAGACUGUAUAUUCAGUAAUAACCACAAUGUACCUAAUACCAAAUUGGGAACUGAUGAAUAAAGUGGGGAAGUGGUUUAAAGUGUUACCUCAGUGUGUAAUACAAUGAUGUAAUAAAGGCAUUUGUGCCUUGUAUCAAAGUGCUGUUUCUUGUUGGGGUUUUUUUUGUUUGUUUUGUUUUUAAUGUAUGUGUUUUAUCUCUUGGAUGUGUGGGUUUUUUGUUUAUAAGAUUUUAAAUAUCUUCAUAUGUAAUGCAUGAUACCUGUAAUUCUCCGGAAGAUACUCAACAAAGUGUAAAAUGGAUUUUAUUGUUCUGCUUUUGCAUCACUGUGACACUGUGAUCUAUUGGUCACAAAUUUUGAGGCCGACAUUUGUAAAGAUUCAUAUUUUUAUGUUUAAAUUAUAAAAUAGUGUUGCUUUUCUGUUACAACAUAUUAUUUCUCUCAGGGUGUCUGCAUGCACUGUUAUUGAUCAAUUUACCACAAGCAAUACAUUGCAUCAGACAUUACUGUUGAUCUGUGUCCACUGUUAGGUAACAGUGACCAAAAUGUAGCUUUCCACGAAUGCUGAUGUACAAAUUGGGUAUAGAUUGUUACAGUUGUAUCCGAAUGGAAAAUAACCACCUGUAGAUGAGUCAUGCAGCUCCUCUUUCGCGCUUGGUGUUUCCCAAUGUAGUACAGCAUUAAUUUUUAUGGAAUAAAUUGAAUUUAUUGUGUUAAUAAACUCAGUGGAAGCUGGUGUAGAAAACAGGAUGAAUGGAAAACUAACAAUAUCAUGUAUUUGACAUCCGAAAACAUGAUUAUAAAAGCUGAUUUUGUGAGGUGCUUUCUGAAUAAAAUUGCACAGAAUGAUAAAUGAGUGGCAAUUUCUAGUACU